AAUGACCGAGGUCCGGACCUCGGUGACCUCAAUGCUCCUAAUUGACAGAAGCUAUUGAGUCUCAAUUUCCGAAACCACAUACAUGUUAUACUGUGAGUAUCGAACAACGUGACAUAAUGCAUUUUUAUUGUGAGUUAUAUAUGUGUGUGUGUGUGUGUGUGCGUAUAGAGUGCGUGGAGCAGGAACUGCAGCGAUCAACAUGUGUCUGGUGGCCUCUGGAUGUGUGGAGGCGUAUUAUGAGAUUGGGAUCCACGUGUGGGACAUCGCUGCGGGGGUUCUGCUGGUGACCGAGGCGGGGGGCGUGCUGAUGGACGUGCAGGGCGGGCCGGUGGACCUGAUGUCCCGCCGGGUGCUAGCGGCUAACAGCCCGGCGCUAGCUGAGCGGCUGCUGCAGGAGAUCCACAGCUUCUGUCCAAUCAGAGACGACGCUGCGCCCUCACUCUGAACAAGUGCAUUCUGGGUAAAACAGCAUGAGGUGCAUGGUCUGUUUGUAACGUUUGUGAAUAAUAAAGUUUAUGAUUAA